AUGAUGAAGCCCCUGUACCUCGCAAUCCUACUCGGAGUGGUCGGAGCGCUGGCCAACAAGGGCUCUCGCUGCCUCUCGGGCAAGUUCACCAGCGGCGGGGAGUGUUGCAAGCAGUGUCAGCCCGGAGAAGGUGUCAUCAAAGAAUGUGGGGUCACGCAGACGGUGUGCGCGCCCUGCGUCGACAGUGAGACGUUCUCAGAGAACUUCAGCCACACAGAGAGGUGUCAGCGCUGCACUCAGUGCACCGGGCUGAUGAGGAUGGAGACGCCCUGCACCGAUGCCAACGACGCCAUAUGCGCCUGUAACUAUGGUUACUACCUGAACAGCCUGACGCAGCGCUGCGAGCACUGCACCCGCUGCCCCGAAGGCCACGGGAUGCUGAUGAGCUGCGAGAUGGAGCGCGACACCGUCUGUGAGGAGUGCACCAUGGACACGUACUCAGACCAGGAGAGCUCCAGAGAGCCCUGCAUGCCCUGCUCCACCUGCGAGGAGAGCGCCACGGUCCAGGAGUGCAGCCCCGUCAGUGACACCGUCUGUGAGGGUGUUUACCUCAUGAUGCACCUCUUCACAGAGUCCUAG